GCUAGACGCCUUCAGACAUGAGCUCGGAAGAAACGGUUGAAGUGGUUAUACCACUUGUGAAAACCAUAACCAACCUGACCUUUCGGAAUUUGUCGUACAGUGUGAACCAGAAGCAUCUGCUGCGGAACAUCUCCGGCACCCUGAAGUCUGGUAGACUGACGGCAAUUCUAGGACCAUCCGGUGCCGGUAAAUCAACACUGCUGAACAUACUCAGCGGUUUUAAAACGCAAGGAGUAAGUGGUAAAAUACUCAUCAACAAUGAGACGAUCGAUUGCCAAAAGUAUCGCCAACUAGUCGCCUACACGGAACAGGACGUACCCUUACUACAGAAUCUCACCGUCCGAGAAACGCUCCAUUACGUGGCUGAUCUUCGACUUACUAAGAAUGUUUCCUACAUCCACAAGACAAAGAUCGUUAAUGAUAUUGUAGCGCUGCUGGGACUUCAAAAGUGUUCCCAUAGUCAAACACGAACACUUUCUGGAGGUGAACGGAAGCGGCUUUCGAUAGGGUUGGAGCUGGUGUCGAACCCGAAAAUUAUGUUCUUCGAUGAACCCACCAGUGGGUUGGAUAGCGUUGCAUCGUAUCAGGUGAUCGCGUACAUGAGAGAUCUUGCCCGGCAGGGUCGUUGUGUGGCCACCGUUGUACAUCAACCCAGUUCGGAGUUGCUAGAACUGUUCGACGAUGUGUAUGUGGUGGUGGACGGAAGGUGUAUGUAUCAGGGAUCGCUGGACGAUCUAAUACCUACGCUGGAGGAGGUUGGUUUCAGCUGUCCCCCAUAUUAUAAUCGAGCCGACUUUGUGCUGAAAAUCGCGUCUCAGAGAGCCGACGAUAUGGACAGUGUGGAGAAGCUGAUAGCGAGAGCAGAUACAGCCAUUAAUGGAUACUUAGAGAAUGAUACAACAAAUAUACAGGAAUGUACCAAUCUGCUGACAUCGAGUAAAUCCUCCUCCCAGUAUCCUAUCGCCUGGUGGCGACAGUUUGUGGUGCUAGUUCGCCGGACAACCUUAUGCACGAUACGGAACAUCACCCUCACGAGGUUCCGUCUGCUAGGCCAUCUACUGUUCGGUCUCACGAUCGGUAGCGUGUUUUACAACGUGGGCGAUGACGGUGCCAAAGUGUUAUCCAACGUGUCCUGCCUCAUUCUAUUCCUCAUGUUCAUCGUGUUCGCCAACGCAAUGACGGUGGUGCUUACGUUCCCACUCGAGAUGGCCGUAUUUGUGCGGGAACACCAGAGCAAUUACUAUCCCGUGUCGGCGUACUACCUGUCGAAGCUGGUUGCCGACUUUCCGCUGAUGCUUGCCGGCGUAAGCUGUUUCCAGCUGAUCGUGUACUACCUAACUGGGCAACCGAAUGAAACGGAGCGAGUGGUGCUGUUCUGGACCAUCUGCGUACUGUUUGGAUGGUUAGCACAAAUGUACGGCAUGGUCGCGGGUAGUCUGUUCCCGCUCGACGUUAGUCCAUUCGUUGUACCAGCUUCAGUCAUCCCGGCGGUAAUGUUUUCCGGGUUCUUCAUUCGGUACAAUGAACUGCUGGCCGUGUUUAAGCCACUCACGUACGUGAGUUACUUUCGGUACGGGUUUGAAGGUUUGGCACAGGCAACAUAUGGACUGAACCGAACGCAACUCGGCUGUAGCGAAAUGUUCUGCUACUAUCGCAAAACGAGCAAGGUGAUGGAGAUGCUGCAGAUGGAACAGGACCGUUACUGGUACGACGUGGUGGGCCUGUCGGUGUGGAUAGCCGUCCUUCACGUACUGCUGUACGUAAGCCUGAAAGUGAGACUAAGGCGAAACCGGUGAAG